CGUCUGAUUUGGUACAUCUCUGUUGCCGUAGAAAAAACCACGCGCAUGCGCCUUUCCGCUUCUUUUUGAGCAGCAAUGGCGUCCUCCUUAGCGGUGUGCAGGUUACAUAUGAAAGGAAGGGGCAGCCUGCUGAAGUGCCUACAGAAGGCCGAUACAUUUUUUCGCAGGAAUAUUGGAACAAACGCCGUUGCUGCGCAAGAAGAAAAAGAAGGAUUCAAAUCUUUGUAUGCUGUUCAGGAGGAAAGACAAGAACAGGCAGAGAGAUCUGUUCUCAUCAGCUGCCAAUCCAGAACUAAUGAGAAGAAGUUCCUCAAGUAUUUAUCAAGACAUGGAGAUAUCAAUAAAUACUUCUUUUAUGAAAGCUAUGGCAUUUACGCUGUGGUGGAAUUUUCCAACCGGGAGAGUCUUGCUUCAUUACUUGAAGAGGCUGCCAUCCCCGGUGUCAGCCAUGAAUCCAUGUUGCCUUUUAAAUCAAGGCUGCUGUCGCUGAGGAACCUUGGCUCAGCAGACUCCCCAAACCAGCAAUCAGUCCAGCAGUGCCAACCACAAACAUCCAUCCCCAUCAACGAGCUCAUACAGAGACUGUCCAGAGAGGAAAGUAUAGACCAACAGAUAACCUCCCUAACAGAUGUCUAUCAGCUAACGGAGGAGAACAGCCGGCUGCGUUUCCUUGUUUGCUCUCUGCUCAAGGACAUCGCUGCUGCUUAUUUCCCCGAAUGCACCAUCAAGCCAUUUGGCUCAUCAGUGAACGGCUUUGGAAAGCUAGGCUGUGACCUGGAUAUGUUUCUGGACCUGGAUGGCAUCAGUGGAAGAAAUGCAAAGAUGCCAAAAUCAGGUUUGUGGCUGGAGUACCAGAUGAAGAGGGCCAACUCAGAGCGGGCCGUCACCCAGAGCAUCCUGUCUGUCAUCGGGGAGUGCGUGGACCAGUUUGGGCCUGGUUGCGUGGGGGUGCAGAAGAUACUCAACGCACGAUGCCCCCUGGUCCGUUUCGCCCACCAGCCUUCUGGUUUUCAGUGUGACCUUACAGCCAACAACAGGGUGGCGAUGAAGAGCACCGAGCUGCUCUACCUGUACAGAGAGCUGGACCCGCGCGUUCGACAUCUGGUGUUCACCGUGCGCUGUUGGGCCCGAGCUCACGGUAUCACCAGCAGCAUCCCCGGGGCCUGGAUCAGCAACUUCUCCCUCACUGUCAUGGUGCUGUUCUUCCUGCAGAGGAGGAGCCCUCCCAUCAUCCCCACGCUGGACCACCUCAGGGACCUAGCAGGUCCCGCGGACAAGAGCGUGAUUGAGGGGAACGACUGCACGUUCGUCAGCGACUUCAACAAGAUCCAGCUCCAGAGCAACACGGAAACACUGGAGAAACUGCUGCGUGAAUUCUUUGAGUUCUACGCCACCUUUGCAUUCAACAGGAUGUCCAUAAGUAUCCGAAAGGGAAAAGAGCAGAACAAGCCAGAGGUAGCCCCGCUGCACAUCCAGAACCCGUUCGAAACCUCCCUCAACGUCAGCAAGAACGUCAACGUCACACAGCUGGAGCGCUUUGUGGCGUUGUGUCAGGAGAGCUCCUGGCUGCUCCAGCAGAGUGAAACCAACACACCCAGCGGUGGUAAAGAGGGAAAGGCUUCCACACCUUGGGGACUCGCUACCCUCCUCAUGCCCACGCAGGUUGCAGGGAUCAAAGGUCGCAAGAAAAGGAAAAGGGAGCCGGCUAGUGAGAGGAUCAAGAGCUUGCUGGAAUCCUUGAAGAAUACCAAUCAGCCUAACAAAAGCUAAGACUCUCUGGAGAUCUCAGAAAGCAGCUCCAUCCUCUUACUUUCACUUUACUCAUGCACUGGUGGACACCUCCUGGUUUUCAUGUUGGUGCCUAACUGAGGAGGCGAGGAGCAGCUUCUACUGGUAAAUUCAUCUGCCGGACUAUAGUUCCAAACAUGGACACUGGAGGGCAUUACUGAGGCCUGUGUGUGCAUAUGUUUGGGACCUGGAAUAAGGGAGUGAUUACUGUGUACUUUAUUGUAGACUUGCUUACUCUGUUGUAAUUAAAGCCACUCCUAAAGAGUCCUUCCAGUGGCUCUUUAGGAGCUAAGACUGUUUUAUGAUUCACAUGUUUAUUAGAUUCAAAAUAUGUUGUGCAUGGAGGUUUUGAUUUAUACUGAUCACUAACAUCUGUUUACACCUCAAAACAAAAUCACUAUGGAUAUAUUUCUUUCUAAUAAUGUCACAAUACAGAUGGAAUAUUCUAGCUUUUAUUGAAAAACUGAAAACACUGGAUUUGUUUUUUAUGGCCCUCCAAAAAUGACAAAAUGUGGUUAAAGGGUUUCAGACAUACAUCAAUACUUCUAGUUUAAAGGAGUGUAGAAAAAACAACUAAACCUUUUUUCCCUCCAAUUAGUUGGAAGAGAAAGAGAAAAGCCUUUUCACCGUUAGCUACUUAGCUGGAGCUAACUUGUGAUGGAGUGAUAGACAUAACCCGCACUGGCUGUUAUAGUUUAACGAUUAAGUCAGCUAGGUACAGUAGCUAGUUGAAAAGGCUGGUUCUCAGAGUGUGAAAGCUAAGCUAGCUAACCACAUAGUAUGAUGCUCUGCGCUCAUUUUAACUAGUUUAUAUUCUUAAAGCACUUACUAUUUAUUUUUGACUCGUCUAAUGACAUUUAACUGCCUUUUGUCCACUAAAAAGAACACUCUAACACCAUCUUCAAAAUGUUACAUCUGGAUUUCAAUUUUUUUAGCAGCAAAUGAUCAAAAACAGUGACAUAAUGGUGCUAGCGUGUGUAAAAUGUAUAUAGAAGCAGACAGCCCAUUAACUUGGUCCCCCAGUUAACUGGAACCAAAGUCAGCUUUGUGGCAAAGUCUGUUGAAUCGAUUGACCUCUCUGAAAACCCACUGAUUGAUAUGUCAUGUUAAAUAUGUGAAAAGAGACGUACCACGGAACUCUUGAUUCAGU